AUGAUAGAGGGGACACCCCUUGCGGUGCACAGAUGUCGGUUCGUCGACUACACUCCGUCCGCGGUCACGGCGCUUUGCUUUCCUCCGCUCCGCCUACCCUCGGUUAAGGGAAAGCAAAGUACUACAAACCGGAAGCCCCUCAAGUUCGGCACCCUUGCUGUCGGGCGUGGCAACGGAAAUAUUGAGAUCUGUGAAUGGACGGGUACGGAGCAGGAGAUCAAGGCACCGCAGGCUUGGGUGGUCAGAAAGACACUUGCAGGUCCAUAUCCAUCGAAGGUGGAUUCCCUUGCAUUUGCGAUCAAAUUCCCGGACAGCCUAGGAGAAGACGAGGUGCCCACUGUUUCGAAUUUGCGGCUUUUUAGUGCAGGAGGUAGUAGCGAGCUAGUAGAAUGGGAUCUCCAGCGAGCAUGCGUCCGCAGAACGGUCAGCUCGCAGGGCGGUGCCAUAUGGGCGAUUUCCCCCAAUCCCGCAUCGAGCAUACUUGCGCUGGGAUGCGAGGACGGCUCUAUCCGCCUGCUGUCCAUUGAAGCUGACACGCUCACCCACCUCAGGCGCUUUGAUCGCGUGAAGAGCCGCAUCCUGAGCAUUGCUUGGGGUCCGCCGGUCCCGCGCGAGACGGCGGAGCACACAGGAGGCGAGGACUUGGACUCGGACGACGAUGCGGACGACUGGUCGGAUUCUUGGCUCGUUGCUGGCUGCUCAGAUUCCUGCUUACGGAAGUGGGACGUGGGGAAUGGGCGGGUGCUCGAUCGCAUGGCGACGGACAAGGUGAGAGGCGAGCGGACGCUUGUGUGGGCUGUCGGUGUUCUGGGUGACGGCACAAUCGUCUCAGGAGACUCGAUGGGCAUUGUCAAGUUUUGGGACCCACGAACAUGCACCCAACUAGAUAGCUUCCAGGGACACGCUGCUGAUGUGCUCUGUCUCACGAUCAGUCCAGAGGGCACAGCCGUCUAUACCUCAGGCGUCGACCAAAAAAUCACCCAGUACAGCCAUGUUAAAACAUCCCGCGCGGAAGCCUCAUCGUCACUCCUUGCUCGCUCACCUGCCCGUUGGGUCCAGUCUACGUCCCGCCGAAUGCACUCACACGACGUCCGUGCUCUUGCGAUUUGGCCUCCUUACUCACCAGUCCCCCCUUCUCACCGACGUAAAUUCCCCAUCGAUGUCGCGCCCGUACUGGUCUCCGGCGGGCUAGACAUGUCGGUAGUCACUACGCCUGCAGCGCUUCCGACAAGUACUGUCACACGAAUUAUCAACCCUCUUGCAACCAGCACCCCUGCGACGUUCGAGGAUUCAUAUCAUCGUCGGCUAGCGUACAACUCGGGGCCGUACAACUCGACCGCGAUACAUCUUGCACGGGACGCGAGAUUGCUACUAUGCAUGCGGGACGCCGGGCUGAGUGUGUGGCGGAUCUUGCGCAAGCAGAAUUCUCUUGACGUAGACGAGAUGGACGCACCGCGCCAGGACGUAGGCUGGGAAAGGGUCCUGGACAUGGAUCUCAAUGCCAAUACUACUCUGACGGCAAGCGCGAUCUCGAGCGAUGGCCGGUGGGUAGCCGUAGCCGAUUGGUAUGAGACCAAGUUGUUCUAUAUGGAGGAGGAGGUGAGUACGGCGAACAGCGAUCUCAAGCCGAGGCGAAUACGCGACUUUGCCGCCAUCCUCCUCGCACAGCUGCCUCCAAGAACAGAGUCGACAGGAGCAUCUUCCCUGCUCUUCUCACCCGACUCGUCAAGGCUCUUCGUGGCCUCAGCCAUGAGCUCCUUCAUUCUCGUCGUCGAUUUAGACAGUGACCCCAGACACCCGCGUAUCCUACGCAGGUUCGGACAUCAUCAGGCAGAGGCAGCAGCCGACGCCGACGCCGACGCACGCGCCUCCGCCUCCUCAGACGACGACACGGCGCCCCCGCCCACGCACAGGCUCGCCCUCGCCACGAUCACGCGCAUGGCGGUCAGCCCCGACGGCCGCUGGCUCGCGAGCAGCGACGAGCGCGGGCGCACGCACGUCGCGAACCUCGCCGCGCUGCAGCACCACGCGCAGCUGCCGAGCUUCCCCGCGGCCGUGCACGCGCUCGCGUUCGACCCCGCCGCGCCCACGGUGCUCGUGCUCGGGCUCGCGAACAACAGCAUCCAGGUGUACGACGCCGAGCUGCGCACGUUCCCGCGCUGGGCGCGCGGCCUGAACCGCGGCGUGCCGGAGCGCUUCGCGCACCUGCACGACCCCAUCCUCGGCGUCGCGUUCGACCCCGCGUCCGUCGGGCCCAGCGAGCCGGCGGAGGGCGGGGCGCCCCGCGCGCCGCAGCGCAACGCGCUCUUCUGGGGCGCGACGUGGCUCUGCCGCGUGAAGCUCGACGCUGAGACGGGGUGGGGCGGGUUCGAGCAGAAGCGGCGGCGGGACGCGGCGCCGGGGCGCAGGCAGGCGGCGCAUGCGCCCGCGGGGGAGGGCGACCAGCUCGCGCAUCCGCAGAGCAACUUCCGGGUGGUGACGCACUACCGGCCGGUGCUCUUCGUGGACUUUGUCGGGCGCGGGGAGCUCGUGGUCGUCGAGCGCCCGCUGGUGGACGUGCUUUCGCGCAUGCCGCCGGCGUUCUUCAAGCCGAAGUAUGGAAGGACGUGAGGGGCGUUGUUCGGGCACUUCCUGGACCGUGGUUCUGAGCCUCUGGCGAUGUCGUCUGCCUUGCAUAGGUGCAUCUCACACCAUCUCUCCGCGGAUGCAGUGCUGUCUAUUUGUAUGGUAUGUACUUGAUGAACUACUACAUGAAACGUAAAAGUAGAGUAUCGCUACGAUAGGGUAAUUGAUACGGAAAUGUUGAUUAUGCUAC